AUGGCGCCGCUCGUGCGGACGCCACCGGCUUCCGAGCGCCUGGUGCUGAUCCCAGCCAGUUCCAAGAGGAACACGACUGGCUACAAGAACGUGAGCUACAGCCGCAGCAGAAAGAAGUUCCAGGUGCAGGUGCGGGAUGGCGACAAGCAUGUCCGCCUCGGCUACUUCGACACCGCCGAAGAGGCGGCCAUCGCCUACGCUCGCUCGGAGUACGGCCGCGCCGACGCCGCCAAGCUGCUGCAGCCCCGCGCUACUACCACUGCCGCUGGCGCUGCGGCGAUACUGCAGGCGGCGAGGGAGGGCCUGACGCUGGCUACGAGCAGCAGCAACAGCGGCUACAAAGGCGUGACCUUCUGCCCGAAGGAGCGAGUCAGCAAGAAGUACAAGCUGCAGGUAUGGACUUGCGGCAAGCUGGUCUUCCUCGGCUGGUUCGCCACCGCCGAGCAGGCGGCGCUCUUCUACGCCCGCAGGGAGGCGGGCAGGGACACAAGCGAUCUCACCGCGCCGCCGCCGCCGCCGCCGCCGCCCGUGCCUUCCUCUGCUGCUGGCGCCGAGGCAGUCCGGCAGGCGGAGAGGGAGGGCCUGACUCUGGCUACGAGCAGCAGCAGCAACAGCGGCUACAGGGGCGUGAUCUUCUACCCGAAGCAGCGAAGCAGCAAGAAGUACCGGCUGCACAUGAGGGUUGGCGGCAAGCACCUCCACCUCGGCUGCUUCGCCACCGCCGAGGAGGCGGCGCUGGCGCGUGCGCGGCACCUGUGGGACACGACCAUCCGCCUGCUCGAGCAGCCGCCGCAGCACUCACCGCCGCAAGGCGCAGCAGGGCCUUCUGAGGCCAGCAGCUACGAAGAGGAGGACGGCUUCGACCCGGCGGACACUGCCGACGCCGUAGCUCUCUCACUGCUCUCCGACCCGCCGCCUUCCGCGAGCGAGCAGAGGGCGGCGAGGUGGCAGGCGCGCGCAGCAGAGCAGGCGGCGAGGUCAGAGGCUACGGCUGCGGCAGCGGCGGCGGCGGCGGCGCAGGCGGCGGCGUGUGCUGCCCCGCCAUUGGACGACGAGGCGGAGGUGGAGGCGGAGCAGGGGAGCGAUAGCGGGGAGGAGAUGGAGGUGGAGGCGGCUGCUGCAGUUGCGGGCGUGUCCGCGGCUGCAGCAGCAGAGGAGGAGGCCCUCCAGUGCGCUAUUUGCUUCGACGACCUCAGCUCACACCCCGAGGCGCGCCUGCAGCCUCGCGACCCGAACGGCUGGGGCGCCACGCACUGCUGCAAGAGCCUCUUCCACUACCGCUGCCUGCACACUUGGCUCAACGACGACAGCGAGGUCGAGACGAGCCGCGGGUUGGAGCCGAUCAACACGGCCUGCCCUGGCUGCCGAGGCUUCGUGGCGAAGUCGAAGUCGCGGAUGCUGGCCUAG